GCCAGCGAAAGCCCAAACGGCCAAACCACACCAACUCUAGCAUUCCGCACCACACCGGAAUCCGGCGGCGGCGGCGGCGGAGGGGAGCAGAGGCAGCACCACCAAUGGCGGCGGCGGCGGCGUCGUCGUCCACCCCGGCGGCCGUCCGCGAGAUGCAGCGCGACCUCGAGUCCCAGGCCAACGCCCUCAGCAAGAUCCAGAAAGACAUCUCCAAGAACCACCAGGUCCGCAAGCAGUACACCAUCCAGGUCGGCGAGAACGAGCUCGUCCUCAAGGAGCUGGAGCUGGUGAAUGACGAGGCGAACGUGUACAAGCUGAUCGGGCCGGUGCUGGUCAAGCAGGAUCUCGCGGAGGCGAAGGCCAACGUCAAGAAGCGCAUCGAGUACAUCUCCGCUGAGCUGAAGCGGAUGGAUCGAGCGCUCAAGGACUUGGAGGAAAAGCAGAACAGCAAGAAGGAAUCGAUCUUCAAGUUGCAACAGAAGAUGCAGGCUGUACAGGCAAAGGCAUAGGCCACACCUGUUUUGCUGGUUAUUUUGCCCUCCACUUCUCCGUUUGGAAUUAGCGUUUCUGGUAGAAAAAAGAGGGGAGAACAGAAGGAAAGUGAAAUGCAUGUGCUCUGAAAUUUCCAGGUUUUCAUGUUAUUUGGAACUUUUUGGAUGUAAAAGUUUGGCACUCCAUACAAGAUUAUUAGUGAAUUAUUAGCUUGUGGUGGCUUCUGUCCCUGGAUUAGCUUUUCUUGUUUCUUUUCCUUUUGGGGCGUCCCAGACUCCCAGUAUUAGCAUAAUUGAUGUGAUAAUUGCAUUUUUCCUGCCAUCUGAGCUUGUCUGAACUCUCAAUUGAAGGGUUCUCGUAAAGAAACUAUAUCAA